AUGGAGUAUGUGAGUGGCGCCAUCUACGUUACUCGCGUUGUCCUGCUCUUGAGGCGAGGGCGUGUCCCUAGGGCGCCUCCCACAGUGGCAUCCCGGCGGGACGGACGGGCGCCGACGCCCGGGCACUCGGCGGUACGCUCCCGCGACGCUUUUAAGCUUUUAAAUCGCGAGAGCGUUUAUUUCGGUGUAGUGUUGCCCGUCGAGAUUCGGUCAGACGAGUUAAACGCGGCGGCGGGCGGGUACACGGGCUCGCCGUGGCCGCCGCUGGAGCUCGAUCCGGUAGGAUGGGGUCGCAAGCUGUACCCUUCAGGAGCGCCGAGGUCAUCAGGUGGACUGAUGUUCGGCUUGCACCACCAAGAGACGGCUGGGGUGCACGCGCAGCCGAGAGGUCCCGUCACCUCUCUAAAGGAGGAACCGUUAACUCGAGCGUGGAUGACUCCGACCUCCUUAGUUGACAAUACUAAUACCGUGGGUGUAGGGCGCGCGCACUUUGAAAAGCAGCCGCCUAGCAACCUGCGCAAGAGCAACUUCUUCCACUUCGUAGUGGCGCUGUAUGAUCGCGCAGGGCAACCUGUUGAGAUCGAAAGGACAGCAUUCAUUGGUUUCAUUGAAAAGGAUCAAGAAGCCGAGGGGCAGAAAACAAACAACGGUAUUCAGUAUAGACUCCAGCUACUUUAUGCAAAUGGUAAG